AUAGAGUCAAGUUCGAGUCCAGGAGAGGCCUCUCGCCCAACCGUUUGCUACCCAAUCUUAGCCUAGGCUUUUGCUUAGCAUGUGCCUGAAGCGGAAAUCCCAUCAGCCCAAUCAGCGCCACGUCCAAUGCUAAUCAGGAAUCGCCUUCGGGAGCUGAAAGCUGGAGCCACUUCUUACUCCCUCCCUCCUAGCAACGAACCCCAAGCCCAGCCACAACAAAUCCCGUCAUCAGUGUGACCUGCUCUACUAGGUCGACUACCUAAUCUGCAUGUCACACUCACUCUCUUCCUCUCUUGGCAUAUCAAGUUUUUAAACCUCCUCUUGGCCUUUUGCUGCGACCAUACCUUUGUCCUUUAUCUUGUUACCUAUCCUCUAGACCUUUUGGACUCUACUCGCAUUACGCCCCUUGCUGAACAACCCCGCCAUAGGGCUGCAUCACUAACUUACCAUGCCGUCAUUCUCCAUGCCGCGGGGUUCGUGGUUACUGCUGAUCGCAGUAUGCCUCAUCCUGCUUCCCGGCAAAGCUGAAGCCUUCGGUGCUGGAAACAUUCCUUCAAUUGCUCAGGUCGAAGGUCACAACUGGCGCCAUGGAGGUAAAUUACCCCUCCAUAUCGAUCCCGUUACAUCGCGUUGCUCACAUCAUUUUCAGACAUUGAGGAUAUGCUCGAGACGAUCGCCUUCCUUCACGGAAAGAAAUGGACUUCUAUGCUUAUCAAACGUACCUACUUUGGAAAUUGGUUACGCGACUAUUCUCAGGCCGUUGAUAUCGGCAGUUUGAAGGGUGUCAAUGCCGAGACUAUUCGCAUUCUUGUUUGGGUUCUCUCUUUUAUGGCUCACGGCUAUGCUACCGGCGAAUUCGAAGUUACCGCGGACCGUCUCGGCGUCUAUCGUCCAGAAGAGCACAUCGACAAUCCUCUCGGUUACGGAGAUGGAGUUGAUGCGCGGACUUUUGAUAAACGUUUGCGAGGGCCCGUCGAGAAAAUAGAAACCGAAAUCGACUCUCGGACGGGCAUGAAAAACUAUAUCGCAAACGAGAAUGGAAAUUGGGCAACCAGCGCCGCUUAUCUGCGAUACAGCUUCGCCAGAAGCAUCCACUAUGGUCGUCUUUACACCAGCGGUUCCAAGAAAGGAAACGAAGAUGACCUCUGCGAGGCUUUGAGAUGUCUUGGUCAGGCGCUGCACACCAUGGAAGACUUCAGUGCCCACAGCAACUACUGUGAGCUUGCCCUUCGAGAGCUUGGCUACCACUCUGUGUUCCCCCAUUGCGGUGCGCAUACCGAGAUCCAUCUCCAUGGAAAGCGCGUAUAUCCCCUUGUGACUGGCACAUUUGGCGCCGUCGACUUCUUGCAUUCCGUCAUUGGAGAAGCCUCGGAUCACUUCACGCAGUCUGAGGUUGACGAAGUCGAUGUUGCACUCAAGAACGCCGAGGGCGCUUCCAACCGAUCUGGUGGUGGUGGCGGUGGUGAACGAUCCCUACUUGGAGGUUUCCUUGGAAUCAAGUCCAGUCCCUCUGAUUUCAUCGGCUUGGUUUCAAAGCUUCCCGGUGUCGGUGACGGAUUCGCCGCUCAGGCUCGAGACCUGAAGGCCAGCUCUGAAGCCCAAGAGCAGCGCAACAUGAGCUACCAGCAGACCCGCGGUGACCUCUCUCGUGACAAUGCUAACCAAGUUCCCGGCAUGAGUCCCGAUUUCGACCCUGUUGAGACAGCCCGCAAGAUCUAUCCUAUUCUCGAGUUCCGCGACAAAAUUGUCAAGGCCAUCAGCCGCGGUAUUGCCAAGGUCCCUGGCCUUGAGAAACUUCUUGAGAAGAUUAGCGAGACCCUCACUGCCUUCAUCUUGGGUCUUCUUGCUCCUUUCAUCCGACCUAUCAUCAACCAGGUCUCAAAGGUUCUUAAGGACGGUUCUUCCGGCGUCAUCACGGCCAGCGCUAAAUCUCAAUAUGAGCCUUGGGACAAUCCCCAGUGCUCUGAUCCUACUCACUCCAUGUUAUCCAAGGACCAUUUCACCAACAUUCUGAACUCAUGUGCUGGGCGUAUCGCCGCUACCAUUCUCCAGUACACAGUUCCUCGCGUCCUCUAUGCUUGGGAAAACACUGGCGUCUCUGUCGACGAAGUCGUCAACGACGUCCUCCGUGCGUUCCACCACCCUGCUGCUCGCGACGACCAUAUCGAGAUCCAACGUGACAUGUUCAAGACUGUCAAGAAGUGGGCUGACGAGCACCCCCGCCGCCACGAGCUUGCUCAUCUUCUCUCCUCCGACUCUGUCAAGAAUCACAAGAACCACAUUCUUAACCAAGUCCAAGGCAACAGCCGCAGUAUUGGUGGUGGUGGUGGCUGCAACCAUGGGACAUUUGGCGAUAUGGCUAAUGCUGGACAUGGCAAGGUUGCAGGAUCCUUGUGGUCUCAAGUCAAGACCCGCGAUCUUGACUCGUUGGAGGGUAAAGAUGGUAAUCCAGCUGCAGGCUACCUCUCGAGCUCUCCUGCACCGCCAAGCCAGUCUUCGUUUGAGUACGGUCAGAACCCCAACUACGCAGCUUCCAACUCGGGGCACUCUCAGCAAGGUGGAUAUGGUGCUCCUCCACCCCAGCCUCCGUAUGGUGGUGGUUAUGGGGGACCCCCUCAACCUCAGUACGGAACUCCCCCAGGUCAAUAUGGCGGUCCUCCCCCAGGUCAGUAUGGGGCUCCUCCCCCUCAACAAUACGGCGGCCCGGGAUACGGUGCGCCUCAGUAUCCUCCAUACGGUCAGCAGGGCUACGGUGGACCGCCUCCUGGUCAGCAACCUCCUGGAUGGGGUCAAUACCCUGGUUCACGACACGGUUACUAGAAGGAUUGGAUUAGACGCAAGGUCAAAAACGUAAGGAAGGAAUGAUAUAUACGACCACGGACUAGGGGAUUGGAUAAGGAACUUUUAGGGUCAGCCAAGAAUAAAGGCUGAGAUGAAUUGGUAACGGCCGUUUUGAUAUCCAAUACCCAGGGGAGAAGAGGCAGCCGGUUUUUUGUUGCACUAAAGAUGUGUUUACUUCCUCAAUAGCAAGAUUUUUGGAAAUACCGUACAUGCUCGUUAAUAUAACGCUGCAUAUCUACCAUCUUGGCUGGGUAUCAAAGCGAUAUAGCCCAAGUGAUGCUGCUCCCUGAGCGCACGCUAUGUCGCCAUCUGUUAAUCCUGAGAACUCCUAAUCCCAUGCAGUACAAAUGAGAAUAAAAGAAGCUGACAUGCCCAAGUUGAAUAACAAAGCCGAAUGCUCCAUCUUAGAUUCUGGCCCGCUAUCCUACCAUUGAAAGACUCCCACUCCCCUACCAUAUAUCCAAACAAAAACGUCUUCUCGUGAUGAUGUAGUGCGACUACCUCUUUCCUCGUCUUGGAUCUUGAGCUUCUGCAAUGCGUGCAUCGCGAAUUUCCUUGGUACCCAAGCUGCCGAGUCCGCCUUCAGAUCGACGCUCCCAACCACCCAGACGGACGACUUGGCAUGUUGCGUUAUCGCCGUCGGAGGAAACUUCAGUAGCGUAUUUAACGAUAUUUCGAGCUCCAUCUUCAGGCGUACGGGCCUCCUUGACAACAUCGACGAUCUCUUGGUCGCUUAGAGUACCAGAGAUGCCAUCAGUCAUCAGCACAAGGAAUGAAUACUGGGCAGGGCCCAUCUCAACUCGUGUAAGCUCUGGUUCAGCUGAGACUCCAAUGCGCUUACUCCCCAUGUCUCCGAAUGCACGACUGUUGGCUAGGCCUGCAAUGCGCUCCUCGCCGAAACUAUCGCCAGAAACCAUUGACCCAGCAGGUGCAUAGCGUCGCAACCGGCGGCUUUCGGUGGGGGUACUAGGGUGGUGAUCAGAUGUUAGAGGCUGUGCUAAACCAGUGGCGGUAUCGCAAAGAAGGAUUCGACUGUCGCCAACAUGGGCGCAUAACAACGUGGACUGGGCAGCUGGGUGCCAAAAUGGGGCAGGCGUUGGAGUAGAGAUAAGUACUACAGAAGCCGUCGAGCCGCCUUUAAAGCGCUCCGGGCCUCCUAUGCCAUGACCAGAGGGGGUGGAUGGGUGGCCGAAGACUUCAUCGUUAUUAACAGGAGUAUCAGCACCUUUGGUAUCGUUGGGGUCUAUCUUUCGAGCUUGCGCAGACACAAAAUCGAGAUCAGCGCGCAGGAAGGCGUAUGUGAGAACUGAUUCUAUCGUGAUCUUGUGGCUUUCACCUGGGUUGUCAUCUCGCGAGAGAACAAAGUGUUCAGGGUGAAAGCGCCUGAAAUAGCCACCAAUGGUUUCUCUGUACUCCUUGACCAAGUUUUUCUCCAUACGAAUCGCUUUGGCCAGGUCUGAGACUGGGGCAGCCGGCGAGGCUGCGCUGUGUAUUCGCUCCCCGUGUACUGGUUUAUCGGAGAGGCCACCAUUGCUUGCGCUGGGGACAUUCAUUUCGCUUUUAACCUCCUCUGGUCCCUUCAUGGGCACAGCGUCGAGCGCCUCACGUUUUGUUGAGGGGCUCUUAGUCGACUGAAUCGGCUGUGAUGGACGACUUUGUUUGUGCUUAUGAUCAUGGUGAUGGUUAUGGAUGCCCUCACGACCAGGUUUCCUCUUCCGCAAGCUGCUCUGCAGGCCGAACUCUUCCGAGGCUUUUUCUAUAUAACCCGGCAGCUCGUCCCGGACGAAAUCUGCGCAUUCGGUUCCACCAUGGCCAUCGAAAACGCCAAAGUAGAAGAUUUGAGGGUCUCCCCAAGCACUAUCCGCCGCUGUAGCUUCCCCUGGUUUUUGUUGCACACUCCUGGGUGCCCUCUUCGCGAAGGCCGGAAGGCUGAUGGUGCCAGCCUGUUCUCGAUCUUCAUUGUAGGGACGACUUCCUCGAUCUGUCGCGACACCAAGAUGGUGUUUCGCCCUCCGCAUGGGAAUGCGCACCACAGUCAGGUCUCGGGUUGACGGGAUAUAAGGCGGGGCGACAGCGGGGACUGGGCCAGAGCUUGGGGUGUGAGGGGUCGCAGCAUCGCGAGGAAGUUUAUGACCAGGCCCACGAGGGCGAGAGUCGGGAUGGACAGAUGAUGAAGGUAGAUGCGUCACAAAGUAGGUAUGGAAUCCUCGUGUACCGUAUGUUUCAACUGCCAGCGGUGAGAAUAAACCGAGUUGCGAUCCCGGACCUGUUAGCCGAGCCUGUCGCGAACUCCCGGUCCAUGUCGCGCAUGUCGAAUAGAACGUCGUAAGCCGGGUAUAAUCAAUAUGUCUAGAAUUCCUUCGUGCUCGCUGCAACGCGUCUGUAUGUGCGAAGCGAUUCGGAAUUGUCAACGGUCGGGCUGAGAUCUUCAGGAGCUGGAUCGCAGGGGUUGCUGUUGAAUCGACGGCGCGAGUAAACUGGGCCAUUGUCGAUGCUCGACGAAGAAGGUCGUAUAUAACUGGCUUUGCCAAUCCUCGGUCAUCAGCGUCCCUUGAAGAACUGGAGCGCUGUGCAGGCUACAGUCUGCAAUGCCAUCGGGCAAGUUGUGGAAAGUUAAUAGUGUUAGGGAGCGGAUGGUAUAGGAUUUGGCUGAUUCCUGAUCGGUAGGAGGACCAAACGAAGCCGCUGAGUUUUCUGUAUGAGGGUGAGAGAACCAUAUAAUCCAAGCCGAUUUAGCAGAUGAUCUUGUCAGUCUCGAAGCGAAACAUGACCAUGGAAAUGAGCGAAGGAUAAAGGGUCGGGUAUCCAGCUGCUUGUCGGAAAGUGACGAUAUUGGAUAUUGACUUCCUAAGUGGAGCCUACCAAAGGUCGUCUCGCACUUAGAUAAGAUUGCC